AUGGGAAUCCCUCAGGUCUUCGUAGCCGUCGGCGGCGUCUGCUUGUUCGUCGCGCGGAGGCGCCAGGGUGUCGGUCGGCGUCUGAGCAGGGAUACGCGCCGUGAUGCCACGAAAUCGUCGGGAAACGCUCGGGACGCGCCUACCCGCCUUGGGACGGUGCCCCGACAGGCGCGCCGUCGUGGGGGAAACGAGCCCAUCCCGGUAUCGUCGUCCGAAGAUAUCGCACCGACCGCGUCUGAGGCCUCGAGUACCUCGGGAAGCGCGCCGACGAUCGACUCGGAGGCGGUCGUGUCGUCGCGGGGAGCCGAUAUCGUGGUUCCGGGAGCAGAGGGGAAUGAGGAAAGGCUGGCGAACACAGCCUCGGACGCGACGGAAAUCACCGCGUCGACCGAGAAUGCGGGAGACUACGACGACAUCGACGACAAAGACGUUGAGGAGGGCAAAGUGAAGGCUCGAACGUCGCGCGAGGGUCCCGCCGGGGGCGACGCGAACGCGGGGCAUGAGGGGGACGGCAACUCGGUCCAGGUCAACAACGACACAGACGAGGAUCGGUCUUCGUCGUUCGGAGGAUCCGCGUCGAAGACCCCGAUUCGACCGCACGCGUCGGGUGGACUGGGGCGCGUGGUGACGAGAAGUUCGUCCCCUCCGUUGUCGUCGUCAUCGAGGAAGAGACGAACCGCCGCGUUGGCCGCGGUGAGGGCAGCCGCGAGAGCCGCGUCAACAGCCUCCGACGGGGGCGCCCAGUCGCCGGCGUCCGACGCGACCACGGACGAGGACGACGAGGACGAGGUGAACGGUCCCUCUUCUUUGGACCAAAAGAGGGUGACGUUCCAUCCGAGGGUGACGACGAUCGCAAACGACGAGAACGCGGCGCCACCCGCGUCCCCCGCCACGCCGGCGAAGCAGCUGCGAGACGUCAAAGAUGUCAGAGACGCGGGUUGCGACGCGAAGACUCCGGCGCCGACGCUCGCCGCCGUCGAUCCGAAUCGAUCGCAAAAGUCACCGUCGUCGACCGAGGUUAAGCAGCCCGGCGCCGUUGCCGGCAACAGGUUCUUCUGCGAUUCGCCGCUGGUGUGUGCGACGCCGGUGGUUGGUACGAAGCGGCCGGUGAGGGGUGAGAACGGUCGGUACGGGCUAACGCGCAAGGCGCAAAUCCGCAUCGUCAAGUCUCCGUCGUUUACGGAUAGGUCCAUGGCGCCGCUCACGGCGCUGUCUCCUCCCAAAGACGUGGUGUGGGAAGAGAUGAGUGCGAGAGAGCAAGCGAAUUGGGUCGGCGCUGGCAAGGUUCCAAACUUCUCGAGGUUUAAGACUCCCGGACCAAAGUUUCCGGCGGACCGCGGCAAAGAGGAGGAUGAGGACGUCACCGUCCGGGUAUCGCACGAGGCGAUGCACGCGGUCGGAAACAUGAGGUAUAGCGCAGAGAACGCGUGGUCAUCUCCUUCAGACGGGGGUGAGGGUGAAGAGGAAGACGAGGGACCGUAUGGACCCCUGGUAUCCACGUUAUCCCCCAACACCAUGAUGGACGGCGCGUCUCCGGCAACUUUCGCUCGAAGGUACGUGGAGGCUUCGGUAACCAGGGUUGAGGGUAUGGCAGCGGACGAAAUGGAGCACGAGGCGAUCGCGAGAGCCUACGUCGACGCGAGUGAGAUGAGGGUGGGAGCGAUGCUUCGGGCGAGCGGCAACUAG